GGAAAAUUCUUUUUUUUUAUUUUUUUAUUUUUUUUUAAUAACCAAUUUAUAUAUAUAUAUUUUUUUAAUUGUAUUUUUGUUUAUAUAUAUAAAUAAUAAAUAAAUGAUAAAUAUGACAGAAACAAAACAAUUAAAAUUAAUUUUAGUAGGUAAUAUGAGUGUGGGGAAAACAUCAAUAUUGCACAGACUAGUUUUUAAUAAGUUUUCAGAAGAAUAUAGAAGUACUUUAGGAACAGAUUUUUUAUCAAAGACAAUUUAUCAGAACGAAAUUAUAACACAUAUACAGCUUUGGGACACAGCAGGACAAGAAAAAUUUUGGUGCCUUACAGAAGUAUUUUGGAGAACAUCAGAUGCAGUUAUUUUAGUUUUUGAUAUAACAAAUGAACAGUCAUUUAAAGAUUUAAAUUUUUGGUAUAAGCAGUUUAAAUCAAAGAGCGGGGUAAAUC